AGAACUGCUUUGGAAACUAUCGACACAGCGAAUACAUCGAUAUAUUUCCAUUUAACCCUUGUCUGGCACAUGCAUAUCAACAUCAACAAGAAAAACACAUUUGGUGGCAAAAAUAAAAUGAAAAUUGCAACAAAUUAAAGUGCUUAAGCCAAAUCGAAGUGGGAGUGCGUGUGUGUGUAUAUAUCUAUAAGUGUGUAGGCACGUUGCGAAAUCAAAAUAAAUGAUGCCCUACAAUAUGCGUGCCUGCGGCAGCAACGCAAUGGUACGUGAGUACGCUGGCGGCAGCAUCAAUGGCAUUCUGCGCAAAACGGGAGGCGUUGCAACAGCAUCGGCAACAGCAUUGGGCAUGGGCCCAAAUGGCGUGGCAGCCGAUCCCCGCCAGCCCCCGUUGGAGCUGCUGGUGUUUGGCUACGCGUGCAAGAUUUUUCGGGACGAUGAGAAGGCGCGUGAGAUGGAUCAUGGCAAACAGCUGAUACCCUGGAUGGGCGAUGUAAAUCUCAAAAUAGACAGAUAUGACGUGCGUGGAGCGUUGUGCGAUCUAUCGACGUACGAGGCGCCACCCGGGGGCUACGGCAAUCGUCUGGAAUACCUGAGCGCCGACGAGCAGCGAGCGGAACAGCUGUGCGAAGAGGAGCGCUACCUGUUCCUGUACAACAACGAAGAAGAGCUACGGCUGCAGCAAGAGGAGGAUCUGAAGCGCCUGCAGCAGGAGACAUCGGGCGGCAACUAUAGCCAAGUAGACUUCCAUUACGAUGGCCAGUCCACAUGCAGCUCAUCCGGUGCUGACAAUGCAACCUCGCCAACAUCGGAGUCCUCGACACUCACUGAGGAAUCCGAGUUGCCCUACACACUGCCACCCACUCUUCUCGUACCGCCCGCUCCGGGCAUGCAGCUGCCGGAGACAAUGAAACAGCAUGCGAUUAUUGAGAAGACGGCACGAUUCAUUGCCACCCAGGGCGCUCAGAUGGAGAUCCUAAUUAAAGCCAAGCAGGCCAACAAUGCACAGUUUGACUUCCUGUCGCAGGGCAGUCUGCUGCAGCCAUAUUAUCGCCAUCUGCUGGCCGCCAUCAAGCAGGGCAAGUUCGCGGCUUCUGUGCAGACCCCACUGGACAAAGGCAACGGCACAAGCGACGCCAACGCGGCAUCCGAAAGUCCGAAGCGCAGUCAGCAAGUUAUUACGGUGCCCACCAUCAAAUACAAACCGUCGGCCAAUUGCGCCUACACACAACUCAUUAGCAAAAUCAAAGGGGUGCCGCUUCAGACAGUUCUAGACGAUGACGCCGCAUCACAGCAUUCCGCCGGAACUGCCUCUCCAACGCCCAGCGCCAAGUCAGAGUGCCACAGCCAAAGCAGCACUACCGCCACAGCAUCCAAUGGCGAGUUUACGCCUGUCCUGCUCCAGUACAAUGGUAGCACAUUUGCCCACGAAGCGGAGGAGGACAACGCCAACGAUGCGCCGCCCAAGGUGGAGCUAUUGAAGAACACCAGCGCACUGGCCCUAGCUCAAAACUACAGUUCGGACAGUGACGAAGAGGAGGAUGAGAACGAUGACACAGCUGAGCAACGGUCACAACGAUCCACACAAUCAGACGCUACGAGCAGCAGCAGCAGCACCACUACGACCAGCACCACUACAACGAGCGCCACUACGAAACCCGCUGCGGUGCUGGCACCACCACCGUUGCUAACUUUUCCAAUGCCCGAAGAGACGCUGCGUCAUAUCAUAGACAAGACGGCCACCUAUGUCAUUAAGAAUGGCCGCCAGUUCGAGGAGACGUUGCGCACCAAGAGCGUCGAACGCUUCAGUUUCUUGCUUCCAGAGCACAAGUACUAUGCGUAUUAUAUGUACAAAAUAACUGGCGACGUGGACGCCGCUUCCAAGGAGGAGAAGACUCGCAAGGCAGCUGCUGUGGCCGCUGCACUGAUCAGCAAAAAAGGUCUGGGCGGCGGCACAGCUGCUGCUGCUGCCAGCACUAGUGAGAAGGCGCACGUUAGCUUCGCUAUACGUGCCCGAGAUGAGAACACAGCCCUGCACCCGGCACUGCCGCAGGAAGUCAGCGAUGAGGAUGAGCAAAAGGCCAAAUCGAGUGCCGAGCAAGUGCGGCCGGGCAUGCCGGACAGCGUGCAACGUGCCAUCAAGCAAGUGGAGACGCAGUUGCUAGCUAGAACGGGCGGGUCAAAAAGCGCAACAGCAGGCUUGGCAGCAACAACGCCAUCUCCACUCAAAGAGCAACGUCAAGCUGAGGAGCGUGUAAAGGAUAAGCUGGCGCAGAUCGCGCGAGACAAGCUGAAUGGCAUGGUCUCGCGCGAGAAGCAACUGCAGCUGGAACGCAAGCGCAAGGCCAUGGCAUUUCUCAAUCAAAUUAAAUCUGAGGGCAGUGCCAUUGGCAAGGCAAUUGGAUCGGAUGCGACAGCUGCAUCAAAUAAUGAAUCGGUUGUGACAGCUGACAGCGUAAAUACUGACUCCAACGACUCGGUACGCUCCAUACCCAUCACUUACUUUGGACCUGAUGAGGAUGACGACGACGAUGACGAAAAUGAUGUCGGGGCGCAAAAGAGCUCGCGCAUGCACGACGAUGAUGACGACGACGGGGAUUUGGAGAAAUACAAUCUGCUAAACGAUGAUAGCACCAAUACGUUCACCAGCAAGGCAGUGCCGACUGCUGCUGCAGCAACAGCGUCCGUUCUGCUUUCCGAUGACGAUGAUGUGCAGCUGGUGUCAUCAUCAUUGGGUGUGCGGCAUCGUAAGACGGGCCGUCGGAUUCGGAUUCGGAGUCGGAGUCGGAGUCGCAGCAGGCGCAGCAGCAGCUCCACAUCCCAUGAUGCUUCAGUGACCUCAUCCAGCAGCAGUGCCAGCCGACGCAGUCGUAGUCGUAGCUUGCAUCGGCAGCGGCACAGCCGCAAAGCUAGCUCCAUAGCAAAACAUAAACGUCGUCGACACAGUCGAAGUCGAAGUCGCAGUCGAAGUUGCAGUCACAGUCACAGUCGCAGUCACAGUCGCAGUCGCAGUUUGACGCGCAGUCGUAGUCGCAGUCGCAGUCGUAGCAGCAGCCAUUCGGACUCACGUCGUCAUCGUGAUCAUCAUCAUCGGGAUAAGGAGGAAAGCGCAUCGCGGCGAAGAAAUCAUCAGCGCCAUCCGGCCAAAAAGAGUCACAAGCGGCACAAACGACGCCGACGCAGCAGCUGCGGCUCCGCUUCCCCAUGAACUGUGUCAUUGUCUUAAGUAUACUAGGGUCUAAGUUCU